AUACAUUGAAAUACAGAAAACCACGGACACAAUUCCUACUGCAUUGUGCUGUUCAUACACUACGUAAAGUUAACCCGAGAACGCACAACUAUUGUUCAUUGACCAUUAACUACAGUUUAACAAAACCUAAGAAGAUUAAACAAACCAUGUUUCUUUACGACUCUAACUGCAGUUAAUUCCCUUCUGUUAGAAACCCCCACAAUCUAGUGGAAACUAAAUAAUAAUUUAAUAAAAUUUAAACACAGGAUUAUGCUCCUUCUUUUAGAUGACCAACCAAGGCGCGCGGAUCACACAUUACAAACUUAUGAGCGAUUGGUUCACAUACUUUCUGGCCAAGGUUUCUAAAUACACACCGACAACUGCCGAUUUGAUUCCGUACCGUCUCAGCCGUCUCAACUGUCUCAGCGGUUGCAGCCGGCGCAGUUAAUUGUGGGCAUCGUGGUGAUGCAUACGGACGGUAAUUGUAAGCAGUUGAUGGAACACUUUAAGUUUUAGUGUCGAAGUGGGAAGUUUGGAAUUAAAAUGGCGCGUGUAAUCGGAGAUACCAUGGAAUUGACAAUCCCGAGUGACAACGAAGAGAAUCUAAAUAGAUUGCAGCAACAGCCUUCCGGGCCUGUUCUUGUCGUUCUUGUGGAGGGUUCCCAAGACGUGCCCUCACGGCUAACUUACAACGGACCCGACACUGUCAAGCAGAUUGUUCUAGUUCCUGUUGGAAAUAGCGGUUUCAACGGCGGCAUACAACAGGCUAUCUAUGCGGCAGGCAGUUGCACUGCUCCGCCCAGCAACACAUCGGAGGCGAAUCUCCUGCAGCGUGAGGCUGAGACAAACCACAAUGUGCCGGGCGGGGGCCAGGAGGAAGUGCCACCGCACUGGCAAGGCAACUGUAAGAACUGCAAUGUCAAGGUAGCCAAAAGGCUGCUGAGUGUGAUCAUGAUCGCCCUUUUUACCUCAUUUGCCACUCUCGUGGUCAAACUGAUCAUAAAAGGGAGCAAUGUGCUGGAGAAGGGGAUAACCGAGGGUUCUGGCUCCACCAAUUUUUCUGGGGGACCUGAUAUCUGAUCCAAGCAGUACUGGCGAGGUCUGGAAGCAACAAGUGAGAGUCCAUUGCUACACUCAACUCCUGUUGUGAUAGUGUCCCACACAGAGACACAGGAGUGCCACAAUUGUGACACGUGUUCAGAGACAGUGCAGAUGAUCCAGACAAGUCACAUUGGCAAGGAGGGCGCACGAACUGCUGCUGAAAUAGUGGACGAAGGUCACUAUUUCCUUAUCGGAGGAGAUGGGAAUAUGCAUGAGGGUAGAGGCUGGGAUGCUAUGUCCUUCCACAAGAGACCAGAAGGUGUACUGGGAAUUUUAAUAAACACGAAUUAACAGACAGACAGAUAGA